AUGGCUCAACCACAUAUCGCACAGCAAAUCCUUCAGCGAGCACAUUCGCCCGAGGUAGCAGACCAGCUUUUCAUGGACAAAGUCAAACACCGGCCACUCUUUCUACGUCCUACCUCUCCGACGCCAUCCGACAAUCGAUCUCGGCGUCGGCUACAGCGAAUACGGAAGAAGGAAUAUUUCCUACGCAAGCAGAAGCCAAAGCCGCUUUCGGCGAGAGAGAAGCGGAUGUUAGGCGUCCACAAGCUGCCCAAGGAAGAGAUGAAAUAUGAAAUAUUCAAAGGCUUGAAUAAGCUAUGGAUUGAAUAUAUGUGGGAAGUCCUCGACCUGGUUCCUUGGUCGAAUACAAAUUCAAAUGGAAAACGAGCCGUUGGCCGAGAACGUAACGGUUGUAUGACUGCUGCGAGCCACGGAAGCAAGCUUGCCAGCGCUGACUUCCACGGUGCUGAAUUGCGGGUUGUGCGCAGCCGGUGUGUGAGCCGUGUAGGCGUAACUGGAAUCGUCAUAAGGGACUCGAAAUUCGCUUUCGUCCUCAUUACAGAGAAGAACGAGGUGAAAACUGUACCAAAGGAACAUACAAUGUUCAGAUAUGAGAUACCGUUGCCCCCAGCUUCUGACUCUGAAGCUAGACAGAAAGAGGCACCUGAUGAAGACUCUACUCAGCUGAAAAGCCAGGAAACGGAUAAACUUGAGAAGAGGCUCGUUUUCGAAUUACACGGAAACCAAUUUGAAAAUCGGGCUCCAGAGAGAGCCAACAAGAAAUUUAAAUGGAAGAACUUGGAUUAUCUCUGA